GUUUUACCUCCCACCCUCCGCACGGGCUCGACAGGAAGUCGACUUAAAGACAAGAGCGGAAACUGAAUUCAUCCUAGAAAAUGGAUUAAAAUGUAAAAGUUCUGAUAGUUCUGAAUGUGCGGACUGUUUUGGUAGCUAACAGUUGAGAUGAUGUCUAGUUCGGCGCGAAGCGGAGACAUCAUCCACCUGAACGUCGGCGGGAAGAGGUUCAGCACCUCCAGACAAACCCUGACGUGGGUCCCUGACUCCUUCUUCUCCAGUCUUCUGAGCGGUCGGAUCUCGACUCUGAAGGAUGAAACUGGAGCUAUCUUCAUCGACAGGGACCCCUCUCUGUUCGCCACCAUCCUCAACUUCCUGCGCACCAAAGAGCUCCACCCCCGCUCCAUCAACGUGCACAUGCUCAUGCACGAGGCCGAGUUCUACGGCAUCACGCCGCUCGUGCGUAAGCUGCAGCUGUGUGACGAGCUGGACCGGUCCUCCUGUGGAAACGUUCUGUUCAACGGCUACCUGCCUCCACCAGUGUACCCGGCGAAGCGUCGGAACCGACACAGUGUGGCCGGGUCACAGUUCAUGGCGGGCCGAGUCGUUCCCAUAGAAAGAGCGCCGGUCCGACGCAGCAACACGAUGCCGCCCAAUCUGGGGAACUCUGGGAUACUCAGCAGAGCCAUCGCUGAGGAGAGGACGCCCGCAGGUCAGUCAUCAGAUCCCGGCCUGGUUCGGAUCAUCUGCGGUCAUCACAACUGGAUCGCCGUUGCCUACGCACAGUUUGUGGUCUGCUACAGGGUGAAGGAGUCGACCGGGUGGCAGCAGGUCUUCACGUCUCCUCGUCUGGAUUGGGUGAUCGACAGAGUCGCGCUCAACGCCAAGGUGAUGGCGGGCUCGCUGGGAGACAACGACAAGAUGGUGGCUGUCGCCUCGGGGACGGAGAUCAUCCUGUGGGCCAUCUGCCCCGACGGCAACGGAAACGAGAUUGGCGUCUUCAGUCUGAACGUCCCUGUGGAGGCUCUCUUCUUCGUUGGUAACCAGCUGAUCGCCACCAGCCACACAGGGAAGGUCGGGGUUUGGAACGCCGUCACGAAACACUGGCAGAAUCAGGACGUUGUUCCCAUCAGCAGCUACGACACCGCCGGCUCCUUCCUCAUCCUGGGCUGCAACAACGGAUCCAUCUAUUAUAUAGACGUGCAGAAGUUUCCUCUGAGGAUGAAGGACAACGACCUGCUGGUGACGGAGCUCUACAGAGACCCGACUGAAGACGCCAUCACUGCCCUCAGCGUCUACCUCACCCCCAAAACCAGUGACAGCGGGAACUGGAUCGAGAUCGCAUACGGGACCAGUUCUGGGACGGUCCGAGUCAUCGUCCAGCACCCGGAGACAGUCGGCUCGGGACCGCAGCUCUUCCAGACCUUCUCUGUCCACCGCAGCCCCGUCACCAAGAUCAUGCUGUCAGAGAAACACCUGAUCUCAGUUUGUGCCGACAACAACCACGUGAGGACGUGGACGGUGACUCGCUUCAGAGGGAUGAUCUCCACCCAGCCGGGCUCAACGCCGCUCACCUCCUUCAAGAUCCUCAGCCUGGACGACGUGGACGGACACGGAGGCUGCAGCGCCGGGACGGAGAUCGGUCCAUAUGGAGAGCGAGACGACCAGCAGGUGUUCAUCCAGAGAGUCGUCCCCGACACAGACAAACUCUACGUCAGGCUGUCGUCCAACGGGAAGAGGGUGUGUGAGGUGCGCUCAGUGGACGGCACCUCCAUCACGUCCUUCACGGUCCACGAGUGUGAGGGCUCGAGUCGGAUCGGCUCGCGGGCUCGGCGCUACCUGUUCAGCGGCCACAGCAACGGCAGCAUCCAGAUGUGGGACCUGACCACGGCCAUGGACAUCGCCGGGAAGGUGGACAUCCGAGCACUGGGCGGGCCGACGGAGGAGGAGCUGCUGGAGCUGCUGGACCAGUGUGACCUGGCUCUGACCAGAACCCCUGACAGCACACCACGGGCCUCCACCUGCAGUCUCCACUCUCAGUUCAGUGACGGCUUCAGGACGGAGCGUCUCCACUCAGCAGGAGGAGGACGAGGAGCCGGAGCUUCGGGUUCGUCUGCUUCGUUGUGCGGCAGCCUCCCCCGCCAGGCUCCGCCCCCUGUGCCCCUCACCAAGCCUUUCAGAGACAACGCCCUCUCAGCCGGGCCUGUUGCCGGACUGCCAACGUUCGCCAUCCCCGCCUACAGCCACAGCUCCGGCUCAAACCAGAGUGCCAGCCCCCGACCACGGGACAGGGAGGGCGGAGCUGUCCGCAGGGGGAGCUUCGUGGAGCGCUGUCAGGAGCUCGCCAAGGGUUCAGAGGCGGUGGCAGGUUCUGGGUUCGUGACCCCAGCAGGGUCAGAUGGUGUGAGGCGGAGCUUAGCAGUGUGCAGCGAGUUAGAGGCCCGAUUCGGACUCAGGACACCCACCACCUUCUCUGUGUCGCCUGGUGCUCGCCACUCUCCAGGAACUUCUUCAUCAGUGUCGUCGUCGCCAUUAUCAUUGUCUUCUUCACUCCGCAGAGCCGCACCCACAUCUCCAACAAGCCCCGCCCCACCUCCUCCUCCCCCAGCAGUGAGCCCGACCCGGUCUCAGGCGCCCGUCUCACCUCGCCGUAGCACUGCAGCAUCUCCUGCAACGUCUCCUGCGGCGGCUCCUGAUGAUGUUCCAGCGUCGCCCGAGAGCCCGGCGAGUCCGGCGAGUCCAGAGAGCCCCGCCUCCGGCCUGCCCACCAGUCCCAAACCACACAUGAACGAGACCAGCUUCUGACUGGCUGCUCAGACUCUGUAGACGCUGUGAUUGGUGGAAAAGAAGUCAUCGAUCCUUUGUCCAACCCAUUUGGACAAAUAGAGCUCUGUUGCCAUAGUAACAGCAUGCUGAUUGGUUGUUUCCUCGCUGCCAUUUGAGGAGAUCACGAUUUUCUACUGUAAGCCGGGAAAAUGAAGCUGAAACAGAAAAUCAAAGACUGAACCUCAAACAGCUCGAAGCCUCGACCGCUGAAGCUGCACUGACCAAUUGAUCAAGGGCUCAUGUGACGGGUCAUCGUCAAUACGAACCAAUCAGAGGGUUCAAAACAUAAGUAAAAACAGUGACAUCAUCAGCAGUAGCUAGCUGAUUAAGCUAAUUGAAGCUGCUUCAGUUGGUCAAAGAUGCUGUCGCCAAGGCUAAUGCUAACAGGUCCCAGCUGAUGAGCAUGCUAACAGACUGAGGCUAAUGCUAACAGGUCCCAGCUGAUGAGCAUGCUAACAUCAUGCUACAACAUGAGGUUAAGAUGUUUCAGGUGUUUCAUGUACGAGCAGCUCUGUCCGGAUGUUUACAGCUGGAAUUUACUUUAGCUGUGCCCUGUUAGCAUGCUAGCAUGUAGCCUUCAAGCCUCUGUAGCUUCUAGUUUUGGUUGUUUGGCACAUUUCCUGUCCGAAGCGAGCAGGUGAACAUCGCGUAGUGUUCAGCAGAUAUGUAUUAAAAACAGCUGAGAGAAUAUCGGAGCAUUUAAGCAGCUUCAACAAAAUUGUUUUGUAGCUUUUUACAACCAACAAAGAGGAAAGUUUGAGUUUGUUUUGUUUCGUAUAAAAACUUUGUAUUGAUGUUUUCUAUCUGACGACUGUUUAAAAAAAGUUUGUAUGGAAACUUUAUUUUUCUAAUUUGUAUGUUCGGUCACACAGCGAGGGACAAACGCACGUCAUCUUCACCGAGCUGAGCCUGAACGCCUCGCUGUCACAGCCAAUCAGGUUUCAGCUCCUACAGCUCAUUGAUUGUCUGAAGUGAACCUUCAGUUACACUUUAAUUGAUUAAUUACUAAAAGAACGGCUUCAUUUAAACCCUUAAAACAAUUGAUUGUUACCGAUGACAUUAGUCUUUCUAACGAUGAGAUAAAAUAAUUCUCAUCUCGUCGUCAGUUUGAGUUGUUCUGACAUCGUGUUUUCUUCCAGGACGUUCAGAGUAACGUCGUGUACCGUGACGUGUUUCCUGUCACUUCCUGUGUCCUGACCUGGUUUCAUCGCUGGCGUCUCUGCUGCUGACUGACGUCUCUGUAUUUAAUGUUUGUGGCUUUAUUAUUUCUCUCCGUCACGUUUUUAAACUUUGUUUGUUCCUCGUUAACGUUUCUCUUCCCGGCUGCAGCGAUCAUUUCCGUUAUUUAUUAAUUUAAACAUUAUUUUCUCUAUAAAAGAAUCAAAGUCCAGAACAGCUGGAGAAUCUUUUUCCUCUUUGGUUUCAAAGUCUUGAAGAGAAACAUUAUUAGAAUUAAUAAUCAAAUUAAUGUUCUGUGAAAAUUAACUGAAGAAACGUUUUAACUCAUUAUUAUGAAGUGACAUCACUUUGAAACGGGUUCUGUUUGAUUCUUAAAAUUCUGAUGGAGUUUCAACCAGACGACCAAUCAAUUGGUUGAUCAGAAGAUCAGCAAGCAGCUUUAAUUAUCAGUUUUGGGGUUUAAAGUCUCGGUUUGAACUUUUCUGUGACAAUUAACAGACUAAAGAAUUAAUUAAUGAAUAUAAAACAGACUGUUUGAUAAAGAUGUAAUAAAAGAGGCCGUCAGUCUGCAGACGUGAUGUUUUAUUUAAAUGAUUAAUAAAACAAAUUGAUCAAAGAUUCA